ACAUUUUGCAGGUGAAGCCCAGGGCCUCCCCUGGUCGUUUGGGCCCCUGGACCCGCCCAUGCUCGCAGUGUAGCAUGUUUACAGGGUGGUGUGAGGAUCUGAACACAUUCGUCCACCUCAGGAAAAGUUUGACCUGGUGUUUUUCCUGCUCGUCUGUAGUCAGCGCUGCUCUUGGCUGUGCAGUCUGACGCUGUGGUGCAGCUCUCGGUGCAGCACAGGCCGGGCCCAGUGCUGCAGGUUGUCCGGUAGGGUGCCCGCCUGCCUGCAGAGCUGUUGAUGUCAGGAGCAGAGGAGGGGAACGUGAGGAAUGGCUGAAAACCGACGGUGAGCUCCUGCGAGGAAACAGCAAGUGAUCGUCCGGUUACCGAGAGUUUCCCCCGGAUCGGCUUCUCAGCGACGCGACACUAGGCGCCGCUCGGUGUUUUCUCCGGGAGAGGGAGGGGGGGGGAUUAUUUAAUGGGACAACGAAAACGCAAAAAAACGCAAGGUAGGCUCCCGCUCCUGUCGCCAGCUCCGCCGCUGAACGUUCACUCACAGGGGGUCGAGCAGACAUGUUCAGCCCCUCGUCUUCGAAGACAGCUUCUGGGUUUUAACGCUAACUUUACGGUAACGUGGGUGUUUUUCGCUGGGGGCUCGUUAACGUAUGUUUUGAGAGAGAAAGCGUCACCUCUUCAUGCCUCAACCGAGAGAACCGCAUGAGAAGAAGCCCGGAGUAGACUAACACGCCGCGGACAAAGCCUCCCCUCCCGCCCGCCUUUUCCUCCCGUCGCCUCCACCUGAACCGACGGGCAGAAACAAUGCGUGUGGAUCUGCUGUGGAUGUGUUUGUGGGCUCUGCUUCGUCCUGCCGCCGCCGGUCAAGGGCAGUCGGCGGCCGUGUGUUCGCCCUCAUGCGGCUGCGAUGAAGAUGGAGGUGCGGACUGCUCCGGCAGAGGACUGACCAGCGUCCCGGCCGGACUCAGUGCUUUCACCUACUAUCUUGACCUGAGCAUGAACAACAUCACUGAGCUUCCAGCAUAUGUAUUCAAGAACUUCCCCUAUCUGGAAGAACUACGACUUGCGGGGAAUGACCUGUCAUUCAUCCACCCUGAAGCCCUGUCUGGGCUGCAUCAGCUCAAAGUCCUGAUGCUUCAGAAUAAUCAGCUGAAGACUGUGCCCAGUGCAGCCCUGAAGAACCUUCAGUCCCUCCAGUCUCUUCGCCUGGACGCGAACCAUAUUACCACGGUUCCAGACGACAGUUUCGAAGACCUUCAGCAGCUGCGUCACCUCUGGUUGGAUGACAACAACCUGACGAUGGUCCCCAUCAGUUCCCUGAGACACCAGACAAACCUUCAGGCUCUUACGUUGGCACUCAACCGCAUCUCGUACAUACCAGACAACGCCUUCGCAAACCUCACCAGUCUAGUUGUGCUACAUCUCCAUAACAACAGAAUUAACGAGAUAGGAGACAACUGCUUUGCCGGACUGUUGAACCUGGAGACCCUAGAUCUGAACUUCAACAACAUGAUGGUUUUUCCCAAAGCUAUCGAGGCUCUGCCCAAACUGAAGGAACUCGGUUUUCACAGCAACGAUAUUGCCUCCAUACCUGAAGGGGCCUUCCAUAACAACCCCCUGCUGCGAACCAUACAUCUCUAUGACAACCCUCUUUCCUUCGUGGGCGCCACAGCUUUCCAGAAUCUGUCCGACCUGCACUCCCUGAUGUUGCGUGGGGCUAGUAUGAUGCAGGACUUCCCCAUCCUGACGGGGACCAAUAACCUUGAGAGUCUGACCCUGUCAGGAACCGAGAUAUCAUCCACCCCCGCUGAUCUGUGUGACGAUCUCAAGUUGCUCAGAACGCUAGACUUGUCCUACAAUGAGAUCGAGGGGCUGCCGUCCCUGCAGGGCUGCGUCCGACUGCAGGAGAUAAGCUUUCAGCACAACCAUAUUCAACAAAUUGAGAGAAACACUUUCCAGGGUCUCUCUGCUCUACGUUUACUAGACCUGAGUAGGAAUGAAAUCCGAGUCAUUCACCCAGAUGCUUUCCUCACCCUCACUGCACUCACCAACCUAGAUCUGAGCAUGAACUCUCUGACUGUGAUUCCAACAACUGGACUCAGCGCCCUCAGUCAACUUAAACUCUCAGGGAACCCACAGAUGAAAAAUGUGCUGACUGCAAAAAACCUUCCCAAACUCAGGUCCAUCUCUGUCCCGUACGCCUACCAGUGCUGCGCAUUUGUGGGAUGUGACUCAGUGACGAGCUCCUCUGAGGAAAAUGACAUAAAGAAAUCUACAGCAGGGGAGGAUGUGGAAAGAAUCUCGAUGAUUAUGCACUGCUCUCCUUCACCAGGAGCUUUUAAGCCGUGUGAGCAUCUCCUGGGUAACUGGAUGAUUCGUUUGACGGUCUGGUUCAUCUGCCUGGUGUCGUUGGUCUUUAACGGGCUGGUGCUGGUGGCCACCUUCUCCCCCACACACCGAGCUCCAGGCCAUUCCCACUCCCUGACUCCGUCUCUCUCUCCAGCCAGGCUGCUCAUGGGGCUGUUGGCGUUGGCCAAUCUGCUCACAGGUGUGUAUGUCGGCGUGCUGACUGUGCUCGAUGUUGCUACCUGGGGCUCCUUCGCGGAGUUCGGAGUGUGGUGGGAGAUCGGGCCUGGCUGUCAGAUCUCAGGAGCUCUGGCCGUCUUCUCGUCAGAGUGGGCGGUCUUGUUACUGUCCCUGGCGGCCGUGGAGCGCAGCGUGGCUGUGCGGACUAUUCUCGGUAAAGUAAUGAUGUCGCCCAGGAGGAACUGUAGCAGCCCUCAAGGAUGUUGGAGAGGAGGUCGACGCUUCAGCCUGGCUGCAGGACUACUGGGGCUCCUGGCUGCUGCUGCGGCCUGCCUGGCGCUCCUGACCGUCAGCGACCAGUCGGCCUCUCCUCUCUGCCUGCCCUUCGCUGGUGGCGAGAGUCCAGCUCUGAGUGUCACCGUGAUUCUGGUGCUGCUCAACGCGCUGGCGUACCUGUUCACUGCAGCAGUGUAUACUCAGAUGUACUGCCACCUGGGCAGGGUGGAGCUGGCAGAUCCAGAGCAGACGGGCGCCUUGCGACAUGUUGCCUGGCUCAUUUUCACCAAUUGCAUCUUCUUCUGCCCUGUGGCAGCCUUCUCCUUCGCCCCCCUCUUGACUGGCUCUACAGCUGGCGGCCCAGAGAUCGCCAAGUCUGUCACCCUCAUUUUCUUCCCACUGCCUGCGUGCCUGAAUCCAGUGCUGUACGUAUUCUUCAGCCCGGCCUUCAGGGAGGACUGGCUGAGACUACGUGGUCGCAGAGGUUUGACCAGAGAGGUGAAGGCUGGUGCUGAGAAUCACGGAGAUGAUGGUGGAGGAGGGUCGGAGCUCACGGAUGGAGGCUCCUCCACCCAACUGGGCUUUGACUGUGGGGUGUACUCACAGCUCUGUGGAGAGACAGUUGUAUGUGAGCGGUGUGAGGCAGCGCUGCAUGCCAGGACCUGCUCUUCCCCCUCGUCCUCCACAGUCUGCAGACACUUGGUGAAGUCUCACAGUUGUCCCACCCUCAUGGCGGGAGCAGCAGUGUGCCAACGUGCCGAGGGGUUCUGGGCAGACAGCGGCACGCCCUCUGCUCAGUCGGAGUAUGCAGAUGAGGGGGACUCGUUUGUGUCGGACAGCUCGGACCAGGUUCAGGCCUGUGGCAGAGCGUGCUUCUGUCAGACCAGAGGCCUUCCUCUCGUACACUACUCAUACAACAUACCUCGGGUCAAGGACUAAGAACGCUUCAGAACUCCACUGUGUGCACAGAUCUCUCCGUCAUGUGAAUUUAGGUCCUACAAGAAUAUAUAAACAUUUUUUAUUGGACAACAAAAUGUGCCAACUACCCUGUUGAAAGACUCUUCAGCAAGCACUUAUGUAAACACAGAUGCAACCAAUCAUUCAAAGGGAACUUGGAACUUGUCUGAUUGAGCUGAAAUGAGCACAUUGUGUCACAAACUGGUCAACAAAGGACCUUGCAAAGGAAAAUGUUGCCACCAGUGCCUUCCUCUUGCUUUCGUGUGGAUAUCAUGUGUCGAUUUAUGUGUCAGAGAUUUUGUGAUUUAUCUUUUCCCUGUUAUUCGAAGCUUUUUAAAUUUGAUUUUUUUUUUUCAAUUUUAUACUUUGAUUUUUAAAAGAUAUAAAUGUAGCAAAAUGUAGUAAUUAUCCUAGACUUUUCUGUUUGAAUGUAACUUCCAGGUGGUUUUCACCCACCAGAAUAAUGUCAGCAAUGACUUUUGGCCUUACUGCCUGCGAUCAGUGAGGAUGAUGAAUGUCAUUCUGUUAUAAAAACAACUUCUUUGCUUUAAGUUACUAAGACUAAGAAUGUGAUGAAAGUAGCAGAUAUCACUGUUAAAGCAACAACCAUGCUUGGUGGGUUUGAAAGAUGUUAUUUAUUGCGUGAGCAGCAGGAGUUUCUGGGUGGAGAUGAUUUCAGGUGUUUAAAAGGCUGCCUCUGAAUGAUGAAUAUACAACAGAAACAUAGCAUUUGCCAAAAUAGAAGCACCUCUUUUUUAAAUUGUUAACAAAAAUAUAAUUACAGGGUUAGGUCAUUACUUUUUUAAAUCUCCUUAUUUCUGAUCGUUUUCUAUCAUGCUCUUUGAUUCGGAUCAAAACUCUUCUCUUUAUCUCAAACAGCACAAAACCCACAGAUAUUUCUUUUGUUAAGUAAAGUAGCACUUAAGUGCAUUCUGCUUUUAUCUAAUGUUCACAUCAUUUUUGGCUGACACAAUAAUCAUUGACUUGAUGCUGCACUGAAUACAGUAGCUUCAAAAACCAAAGGAUUAAACAAACAAGAUAUAGCAUGAUAAAUAAUGAGAUUUGGUGGUAAGUAAGUAGAUUUCUUUCAGAUAGACUAAUGCUAGCCCCUUCCAAGCUCUAUGCUAAGCUAAGUGUCUAAGUUUGAGAAGUAUUGCUUUUCGUGUCUAACUCUGGAAAUGAAAAGAUAAUAUUUGCCAAAUGUUCCUAAAGAAAAAAACCUUAGUUUUAUUUUACCCCAUAAAUUGAAAAAUCUUCAAGAAGUUUAAAAACAUUAUCAUGAGAUGAGUGAUUGGUUGAUUUAAAAUCCAUUUAAAAUACUAUGAUGGUAAUACUUCCACCAAAGCCCAACAGUCCCUUUAGAUUCACUCAAGUUGCUAAACAUUCCCCUAUCACGACCAUGAAUUAUUCCCUGGGAAAAAUAUCAAAGAACGUCCCAUUUUGCAAUGUAAAAGACAUCGACAAGAAAAUUCCUGGAUCCACAAAAAUCUUUUAUAGAUUCUUCUAAAGCGCAUCCCUCCACCAAUUUUCCUAGAAAUCUGUGCUGUUGUUUUUGUGUAAUCCUGCUUACAAACCAACAAACACUGUGAUCUGAAUGUAUUCCCACUCCUCCACCUCCAGCAACAUGAACCCAGCACGAGCCUCCCAGCCAUCUGAAUCAACAAGUUGUCAUUACAAUGGUUAUUCGAUCACAGAUUUAAAGACAAGUAUCUACAGUGAUUUUACAUUUAAAUCAUUUCUUUGUGUUUCUAUGUAUCUACAUUUUGACCAGAAAAAAUGGGCACGAUAGAAAACGAGGCCUAUCUUGAAAACGAGUAGUUCACUGUCUCCGUUGUUUUUGAAAUCCAGCUUCAUUAUCGGUGAAUGACUCUUGAAACUUUCUGCAUCACCUUUUUAUUCUUUAUCGUCCAGUUUUAUCGAACAUGUCAUCAGAAGCUGUAAAGCAUAGAAAUGUAGAUUCUCUGAGUGAUACUGUGAGUGACGAGGGAUCGACUGAUGUGUGGUGUGCCUGUGACUGUUCACAUUAUGGUGGAUACACCCUCGGAGCGUGUAUCCACAAGUGCACGUCAUGUGAGUGCUCAGGAAUUUGGGCAAUGUAGGGAAACGUUAUCCUCCACUGACAUGUCAUUCAUGCCCUGAUGAUGCACCGUUUAAUCGACAUCUCUGGUUUUUAUUUUCUGUUUUCACAUGGUCUCGACUGGGUG